UAAUUCCUAUAUACGUGAACCAUGCGAGAACGAAAUAAUUCAUAAUAAUAAUGAACAUGAGGAUCAAGUUAAAGAGCUUAAGAAAAAAAAUAAAGAAAUGCAACUUAAGAUCGAUGAGCUCGAUAAACAAGUCAACCAUUUAACAAUUGAAGCAGCAAGACAUCAAUCUGCAUUGGGCAGAGCAAUAAAAGAUAAUGAUCUUAGCAAUAUCAGUCAACUUAGGAAUGAUAUUGAUGUCUUGAAACAAAAUCUCGAAGAAUUCUGCAUGGUUAAACCUGCUGAUGACUUUGAUAUUGAUUUGAAUGCUGCUACCAAUCUUUUAGAAAAAUGUGCCAGUGUAAAAGCUUUUAGAGACAACAAUAAUUACGUAUCUAGUAUAGCUUAUGUUCUUGAUGAAGAACAUUUGAAAACACUCGUUCAUGGUGCUCUGCAAAGAUUGGUUAUUGAGUCAGUAAUCAGACACGUCAAAUAUUUGGGGGAAUAUCUGGGGAAUCUUGAAGUUAACAUUAUUAAUCAAACUGAUGAUCUGCUAAAUGUGUUGAACAAUUUGAUCAACUCCCGAGUAGGCAAUGAUGAUAUUUCUCGAAUCAUGCCAACCAGACUGCGACAACAAGUAUAUUCAAUUCUAGAUAAUCGUGGAUUCAACCCCAUUAAAAUUAAAAAUAUCACCACUGAACAUCCUUUUAUAAGUAUAUUUAAAGAAGAAAUUAUGUCAGCAAUUAAUGAAAUUCGAGUUAUAAAGAAUUGUGACAAACUAAAAAGAAUAAAUGAUAUGGCAGCGGAACUUAUUCGUGACAUUAUAAAAAUCUUCUUUUUCCGACUAAAAAUUCAAGAACAAGUGGCAGAUCCACUGCAUUGGUUCAAAUUUAAUGAUCCAGUAAAUUUGUCACUUAUGGAAGGUGCAUUUGGAUCCGAUGAUCGUCAUGAUAUGGUGGUACAAAUUUGCACAUUUCCACUUAUUACUGUUAGCAAUAAAAAGCACGUAGUUGCUCGAGCAAAUGUACAUGUAAUUACCAAAAACAAUAUAGAACCGUGA